CGCGCGCGGCGGCGGCCGCGGAGCCUGCGACCCGCGGCGGGACCUGGAGCCGCGCUGCCGCCUCUGAGCGCCGCCCCCGGGCCCGGAGCGGCCGGAGCAGCCGCGCCCUGACCCCGGCCCGGCUCCCGCCCCGGGCUCAGCCGGCGGGCGGGCGAGCGCGGCGCGGCCCGGGCCGGGGGGAUGUCUCGGCGGACGCGCGGGGAGGAGCUGGAUGAACUGCACUACCAGGACACAGAUUCCGAUGUGCCAGAGCAGAGAGACAUCAAAUGCAAGGUCAAGUGGACCCACGAGGAGGACGAGCAGCUGAGGACGCUGGUGAGGCAGUUCGGACAGCAAGACUGGAAGUUCCUGGCCAGCCACUUCCCUAACCGCACUGACCAGCAAUGCCAGUACCGGUGGCUGAGAGUCUUGAACCCAGACCUUGUCAAGGGGCCCUGGACCAAAGAGGAAGACCAGAAGGUCAUCGAGCUGGUCAAGAAGUACGGCACGAAGCAGUGGACACUGAUUGCCAAGCACCUGAAGGGCCGGCUGGGGAAGCAGUGCCGUGAGCGCUGGCACAACCACCUCAACCCCGAGGUGAAGAAGUCCUGCUGGACGGAGGAGGAGGACCGCAUCAUCUGUGAGGCCCACAAGGUGCUGGGCAACCGCUGGGCUGAGAUCGCCAAGAUGCUGCCCGGGAGGACAGACAAUGCUGUGAAGAAUCACUGGAACUCCACCAUCAAAAGGAAGGUGGACACAGGAGGCUUCCUGAACGAGUCCAAAGACUACAAGCCCCCCGUGUACUUGCUGCUGGAGCUUGAGGACAAGGACAGUUGUCAGAGCACCCGGCCUGCCGAGGGCCAGGGGAGCCUCGUCGCCAGCUGGCCCCCCGCACCCCCGGCCAUGAAGGAGGAGGAAAGCAGUGAGGAGGAGGCCCCCGCAGCCGCCGCUUCUCAGGAGCAGGACCCUGUCUCUGCAGAGCUGGAUGGAGUGCGGACCCCAGAGCCCUUGGAGGACUUUUCCAAGCACGAGGACGAGGCGAGCUCCCCACCAGACACCAGCCUGCCCUACAAGUGGGUGGUGGAGGCCGCCAACCUCCUCAUCCCUGCUGCAGAGUCCAGCCUCUCUGAAGCCCUGGACCUGAUCGAGUCGGACCCCGAUGCUUGGUGUGACCUGAGUAAGUUUGACCUCCCCGAGGAGCCAUCCGCAGAGGGUAGCAUCAACAACAGCCCUGUGCAGCCACAGCUGCCAGAGCAGCAGGCCCCACCCAGCCGCCAGCCUGCCUCCCAAGUGCCCAGCGUGACCGAGUACCGCCUGGACGGCCACACCAUCUCUGACCUGAGCCGGAGCAGCCGGGGUGAGCUGAUUCCCAUCUCCCCCAGCACUGAUGUGGGGGGCUUGGGCAUCGGCACGCCACCCUCGGUGCUCAAGCGGCAGAAGAAGAGGCGCGUGGCCCUGUCCCCCGUCUCGGAGAACAGUGCCAGCCUGUCCUUCCUGGACUCUUGCAACAGCCUCACCCCCAAGAGCACACCUGUCAAGACCCUGCCCUUCUCGCCGUCCCAGUUUCUUAACUUCUGGAACAAGCAGGACACGCUGGAGCUGGAAAGCCCCUCCCUGACGUCCACCCCAGUGUGCAGCCAGAAGGUGGUGGUCACCACACCCCUGCACCGGGACAAGACGCCCCUGCACCAGAAGCACGCUGCCUUUGUGACCCCCGAUCAGAAGUGCUCCAUGGACAACACUCCCCACACCCCCACGCCGUUCAAGAAUGCCUUGGAGAAGUACGGACCACUGAAGCCCCUGCCCCAGACCCCCCACCUGGAAGAGGACUUGAAGGAGGUGCUGCGCUCGGAGGCCGGCAUUGAACUGGUCAUCGAGGAUGAUGUGAGGCCCGAGAAGCAGAAGAGGAAGCCAGGGCUGCGGCGGAGCCCCAUCAAGAAAGUCCGCAAGUCUCUGGCUCUUGACAUCGUGGACGAGGAUGGGAAGCUGAUGAUGUCCACGCUGCCCAAGGCGCUGUCCUUGCAGACAAGUGUCCCAUCCAGCUCCUCCAGCCUCACCCUCUCAGGCGGCAGGGACAACAGCCUGCUCAACCAGGGCUUCCUGCAGGCCAAGCCCGAGAAGCCAGCGGCGGCGGCCCACAAGCCCCGAGGCCACUUUCCAGCCCCGGCCCCGAUGACCAGCGCCUGGAAGACGGUGGCCUGCGGGGGCACCAGGGACCAGCUCUUCAUGCAGGAGAAGGCGCGCCAGCUCCUGGGCCGCUUGAAGCCCAGCCACACAUCGCGGACCCUCAUCUUGUCCUGAGGCGCCUGGCCUGGACAGCCCAUUCUCAUGUUUACAGGGGGCUGGGGUGUGGAGUGUUCUGGAAUUUGAGAUUCACACUCGGGUGGCUGCCUGCAGGGAGCCUCCUUCAGCAGUCCUCCCAGACUGUCCAGGUGAGACAAGGGCACUUGUCCUGUCUUCAAGCAGCUGCGGGCAGUCCAUGGUGCUAACAGAACAAAGCCCCCCUGGGCCUGCCCGGUCCUCUCCCCAGUACACAGGAGGCACCUUCAGCUCCUGCGCCCUGGUCAGGCCUGGCCUCACCUCAGACCCCUGCUUAGACAGGGGACUUGGCCGGUGUUCUCAUUCCCGCAGCCCGUUGGUACAUGUUCUUGAAUAAAACUGCCUUUCUCAUGUGUUGCUCUAGAUUGCACCUUUCUCCCGGGCCUGGCUGUGCUUCCUACUGACGGCCUCGACCCGAAGUAUGUAGGAACUGGGUCUUCAUCAGUGUGCAGCUCAGGCCCAGGCCCGGACACUUUCCCUCCCAGGGGCAGUGUGGGAGCAGUUUCUCCUCUGCACCCAGUGGGUAUCUGUCCCUCAAGGCUCUAGGACUCUGGCCUUUGGGUGAGGAGGGGUGUGGUGUGUCUAGGCCUUGCUUGGUCCUUGCCAUGCGACUGCGCUGCCAGUGACAUGGCCUCCCCCAGGCCACCCACACUCAAGGGCCUUGGCUGCUGAUGUGAUUGCACUUGCAGACUGGAUGGGGCUUGUCCUGCUGGGCCCUGGAGGUACCUGGCUGGUAGCUGAGAAGGCCCUGAGCACUGAGGAGCAGCAGGUGGCAAGUCUGAGUUACUGACUUGGGAGUGAUGGUGUAGGGAAAAGGGCGUGGCCCUAGCCCUUCUCACCUCCUGCCCUGCUGGCCCCUACAGUGACCACUGGUGGCUGUCCCUCACCUCUGGCCCUGGCAGCAGCCCCGGCUCCUUCCACAGGCCAGACUCUUUGUAAAAACACAUUUGCUGUCUUAGUCGUUUUUAAGCGUAGAAUUUAGUGGUGGUAGCUUAUUCAUGCCGUGGAACAUCUCCUGUGUCCCCGCCUCAGGUCCUGCUCUGUGUUUCAAUGAGUGUGGCCUCUAGGCAUGUACUGUAAGAGGAGUCCUGUCAUAUUUGUCUUUUUGUGUCUGGCUUAUUAACUUAACAGUCGCGAGUUUCCUCCCUAUGGUGUCGUGUGUUGGAAUUCCUUAAGGCAGGACGAUAUUCCAUUAUAUAUAUCCACCUGUGGAGGAUUCUAGGCUUGUGCUAUGAAUGUGGGUGUGAAAAUCCUUCUUUGACAUCCUGCUUUCAGCAUUUUGGAAGUGGGAUUGAUGGGCCAUGAUAAUCCUAUAUCUAUCUAUAUA